AUGGAACAAUGGGCCUUCUUUCUCUCAUCUAGGAGGCCUGUUGGGCCUCGCACCUCCACGAAGCCCGCCCCCAGCACCAUGGCGCUGCUCGCCGCCGCCGUCCGCCGCCUCCCGCGCCACCUCCGUCUGCUCCACCCCCGCCGCCUGACCAUCACCUCCCCGCCCCCUCUCCAUCCGGACCCCGACGCCCCCACCCCAGAGUCGUCCCCCGUCCGCACCCCGCCGGACGAGCAGUUCGCGGCGUGGGUCACGCGCCUCCGCCCGGGCUUCACCGCGUCCGACCUCGCCGCGGCCAUCUCCGCCGAGCCAGACCCGGACCUCGCGCUCGCGCUCUUCCGCUGGGCUGCGCUGCGCCCGGGGUUCCGUCACGCGCCCGAAUCCUACCUCGCCGCGCUCAGGGCGGCCUCGUCCGGCCGCCGCCCCGCGGCCGCGGAGGCGCUCGUCCACGACGUCUUCGCGGGGGCCUGCGCGCCCGACCUCCGGCUCUUCAACGCCUGCCUCCGCUUCUGCUGCGACCGCCGCAGCCUGUUCCCGCUCGCCUUCGACAUGUUCAACAAGAUGCGCGCCAUGCCCGCGGCCGCCGGAUGCCGCCCCGACGUCGAGACCUACACGCUCCUCCUCACCGCCGUCGUGCGACGCGUGCGCCGCCCGCCGGCGUCGAUGGUCUACCUCCACGCCGUCCGGUCCCUCUCCCGCCAGAUGAAGGCCUCCGGCGUUGUCCCGGACACCUUCCUGCUCAACCUCAUCAUCAAGGCCUAUGCGAGAUGCGUGGAGGUGGACGACGCGCUCAAGGUGUUCCGUGAAAUGCCGCUGUAUGGUUGCGAGCCAAACGAGUUCACCUAUGGCUACAUUGUCAAGGCCAUGUUUCAGAAGGGCUGGACAGACAAGGGGAUGGUUUAUUUUGCAGAGAUGAGGGAAAAAGGAUUUGUACCAUCAGGAGGCGUGUACAUGAUUGCUGUGUCGGCAUUGGCAUUGGAAUGGAGGUUUGAGGAAUCAAGACGGGUGCUGCUGGACAUGUUGGAUUGCAAGAGGAAGCCGGAUAUGAUCACAUACAGGACACUGCUGGAGGAGAUGUGCCGGGCCGGGCAGACUGAGCAGGCGUUCGAGGUGCUGGAGGAGCUGAAAGGGAGGAAGCGAGGGCCAUUGGACCAGAGGAUGUACUCAGAAUUGCUCGAUGGGCUGCAUUGGAUUUCCCAGCCACAUAAAGACAGCCCAUGACAGGGGUUCUGAUGAUCAUAUUGUUUUGUGUUAUAAUGGUCAUUAAGGCCAUCCAAAAUCAAAUGCAUGAAUGGUUCUAGUUCAUCAGAAGAUUGGCUAGCUCUGCUUGAAGUAUUCGGGAUGAAUCAAUUAUCGAUGCAGGGUCAUCCCAUCCACAUAAAAGUUACUACGCGCACAAUUGAUGCAAGGCCAAGGCAUAGAAAAGAUCAGCAUCAGCAGAAUACAUCAUGGGAAAUAUGCGAUUAAAGUUCUUGCACUGUUAGGAAGCUACUACUGUGGGGAUGAUUGCUAUAAGAUGUUGAUGGCUGCUGUCAGGAUACUAGCUCACAAAUUUGCCUGCCAAAGCCAAUAUUUGAAGUAAAUCUUGUACGGCCAUUUUAAAAAGUUGUUCCAGAUAUCAUAUGUUGUAUGACAAACAGCGAAAUAAAGAUUGCAGUGUAUUACAUCUAAAUUGAUUAAAAUAACCAUGCGGCCACA